AUGGCGUCCCUGAACUGCUCAGCCGGCCAGCUAGCGCCCCUUUUCGGCACCAACACCACAAAUGCCACCGCCGCUGCAGAGUACAUUUGCAGUCAGUUCUCCGCCGUGUCCAACAAGUUCACUGACACCGCCUUCGCCGUAGACUCCACGUACCUCCUCUUCUCUGCAUAUCUCGUUUUCUCUAUGCAGCUCGGCUUCGCCAUGCUCUGCGCUGGCUCAGUCCGAGCCAAGAACACGAUGAAUAUAAUGCUCACCAACGUUCUCGACGCCGCAGCCGGAGGUUUAUUCUACUAUGUCUUCGGCUUCGCCUUUGCCUUCGGCUCACCCUCCAACGGCUUCAUUGGCAGCCACUUCUUCGGCCUCAAGGAAAUCCCAUCUUCACUGUUUGAUUACAGUUAUUUUCUUUACCAGUGGGCUUUUGCUAUAGCCGCCGCCGUUUCUCACUGGUUCUGGUCAUCAGAUGGUUGGGCCAGUGCAAACAAUACAGAAAAUCUGCUAUUUGGAUCCGGAGUCAUCGAUUUUGCCGGGUCAGGUGUUGUUCAUAUGGUUGGUGGGAUCGCUGGUUUUUAUGGUGCGAUGAUUGAAGGUCCAAGAAUCGGGCGGUUCGACCACACUGGUGCUGCCGUGGCUUUGCGCGGCCAUAAUGCGUCCCUGGUGGUUUUAGGGACUUUCCUUUUAUGGUUCGGAUGGUACGGCUUCAAUCCCGGAUCCUUUACCAAGAUUCUUAACCCAUAUACCAGUGGGAGUUACUACGGACAAUGGAGCGCCGUCGGACGCACUGCGGUCACCACCACCUUGGCCGGCUGCACAGCCGCAUUGACCACCCUUUUUGGUAAACGAAUUCUGUCCGGCCACUGGAACGUAACGGACGUUUGUAAUGGACUGUUAGGUGGUUUUGCAGCGAUCACCGCCGGAUGCUCGGUGGUGGAGCCGUGGUCGGCGGUGAUAUGCGGGUUCGUGGCGGCACUGGUGCUUAUAGGGUGUAACAAAGUGGCGGAGAAGAUAAAAUACGAUGACCCACUAGAGGCGGCGCAGCUGCAUGGGGGUUGUGGUGCUUGGGGUGUUAUUUUCACUGCAUUAUUUGCGACUGAGAAAUAUGUGAACGAGGUGUACCCGGGAAGACCGGGUAGGGCAUACGGGUUGUUCAUGGGCGGGGGUUGGAGACUUUUAGCCGCGAAUAUGGUCCAAAUUGCUGUAGUAAUCGGGUGGGUCAGUGUGACUAUGGGUCCUCUGUUCUUCGGUAUGAACAAACUCAAGCUUCUUCGGAUCUCUCAUGACGAUGAAUUGGCCGGUAUGGAUCUGACCCGACAUGGUGGAUUUGCAUACACUGAUGAUUCAUCGAAGCAGGGAAUUUAA